UACCCCUUUGCUUUCGACAGGAGAUCCCGUUCUACCACAUCUGGAACGGUUCCCAGCGGUACCUGCACUGCACCUUCACUCUGGAGCGCCUCAGCCUGGCCACCUGCCAGCUCAGCUGCCAGCUGUGCGUUUGGCAGGUGGAGGGGGAGGGCCAGAGCUUUGGCCUGGACUUCAACAUCGCCAAGGACACGCGGGCGAUGGACUCUGAGUUCCUGCUGAUGGACAGCAGCAGCACGGCUCUGGCCGGGCCCAGCGCCUUCCAGAUACCGUACCUCAUCCGGCAGAAGAUCUGCAGCAGCCUGGACACGCCCUGUCCCAACGGGGCCGACUGGAGGAUGCUGGCGCAGAGACUCAAGCUGGACAGACACAUGAGUUUCUUUGCCUCCAACGCGAGUCCGACCUCUGUGAUUCUGGACCUAUGGGAGGCACAACAUUUCCACAGCGGCAACAUCAACCAGCUGGCCACCGUCAUGGCCGACAUCGGCAAACAGGAGGCCAUGAUAUUCCUCGUCUCCGACGGAGAGUGCUAACCCCGAGGACGAGGAAGAGAAGAGCUGGUCCGAAGGAAAGAACAGACGACAGAAGCAGCAACAGCAACUGGACAAUAACUGUACGACAACUGUUUCGGCAACAGUGGAGGAAUAGUGAAGAAGUGCUUUUAUAUUGUUGUUAUUGAUAUUAUCGCUUUUUUUUGUCAAAACUGAAUUGGGGAUCUAUGUUGAAACGGGGUGAACUUGGUUUAAACGAGAGAGCCCGAAAACUUGUCCAGUCUUGUUCAGAAAGGUGACCCUCAUAGACGACGAUAGGAGCCUUCCUGUUAAAUAGGAAUCUCUAAACGGAGAAGUGAUGGCAUUCACAAGCCCCCCCCCCCCCCCCCCCCCAAAAAAAAAAAAAACCUUUGUGAUUGGAAUGAAAGAUUACCUACAUAUGCAGAUAUUCCACAUAUGGCUUGAGGGAAGCAAUAUGCCCAUCGAUAAUGAUUUUAGCCUUAAACAUCACGGAAAGGGGACGCGGUAAGAUGUGGUGUGUACGCAGAAAAAAACUGCUGUACGUUGCAACAGAAAACAUGCUUCUCGUGCAGUCGGCUGCCUCGUCGGUUUUGAACGCGCCCCUCCUCCUCCUCGCUCUGACACAUAACCCGGUUCAUAACAAGGUCAUUGGGGCCUAUGACCUCCCCCCUGCUGUGCACUCCGUGACGGCGAACGUGUGUGUCACACCCCUGUGUUUCUUUCACUGUUUGCAAACACAGGGGGGCCGGGGGGCCGGGGGGUGAGGCAGUAGCGCGGCACAGACUUGUAGCUUGAAAAAUAGAUUUUAUGUCACGCUCGGAGCGCGUGUCUCAUCUUAUUUGUUUUCUUCCUUCUCUGUUCGUUUUUGUUGUUUUGUUUUUAUUUCCCCACAAAGUCAAGCCGGUAUCACUAGUGUGAUUGUAAGAUCUUGAUUCUGUUAGAUUGCUGGGCAGAUCUCGGUGUGCUGAAUCGAUGGCGUGUCGUCUGGGUCCGUUAGUAACCCAAACUCUCGAGGAGGGAGGGGGAAGGGGGGGAGGAAGAGUGAGUUACUUCACUGAAGAAGCCCCGUCUCGGAAGCCAUUUUUGUCUUUCAGAGUGUGCGACUUUGAUGAACCCCGUUCAUCUCGGAGCGAGCACUCAGCCCAAUGCGUCAGACGGUCUUGUUUUCUGUUCAGCUUCCUGCCGCCGCCGUUUAUAAGCGGAGCAACAAGGCUAUAAAGCCUCCCUGGCUGCAUUAAUGCGCAUCCCUCCCCAAGUCAUUUCUACAAUAUAACAUCUCCCCCUGAUUACAUUAAUACUGUCGGGGAGAAGAUGUUAAACAUGAGACACAGCCAAAAGCAAGGAAAUACUGCAUUGCCAUUUUUUAACACUCAUUAUGAAUAAUGCAGAGUGUUCGCCCCGAAGAAAAUCUGCCCACAAAUUAUCUUUACCAAAAUGAUUAACAUGCAGAAGGGGUUUCCAAGUCAUGCCGCCUUAUUUCAUAAUUCAAAAGGCGUUUAUUGGUCUGAAUCUCUUUGGUGCCGUUUGGCAGAGUAGAUCACAUGUCUACUUAUGAAUGUGAUGCAAACAAAGCCUGCCUCUCGCAGCAUGGGGCCCAUUCCGCAACGCCAUGCCUCUGCCAGUUGAAAAUGCUUAAGAAGUCCUUUGUUGUUGCCUUUAUUGCCAAGAUAGCGAAAGUGAUCCAGGAUAUUAAUGCAAGUACACGUACAUGCACACACACAGACACACGAGCAGUUGGUUUGCCCUCAAUCGCGUGGCUCACUUCUUACUUUCCUGGGUAUUAUUUAGCAUGGACGGUGCGGUGGCCACGCGUCCUCCGUCCGUCACACACACACAUGCGCAGACCUCAAGGUUGCUUGCUGCAGCAGUGGUGUAAAUGUCAUAGGGUUAAAAAAAAAAAGGAGCACUUUUUUCGAAUCAGCCAUUGUUCUCAGCCCUUUCUCUCCCUCCCCUGCCUCAGGAUUGCUUGUCUAUCAAACGUUGGAACGAGAGAGAGCUCCCCGCCAUUUAAAACGUCCACAGAGAGUCCUCGAUCCCAGCGCCCGGCCCGCCACGGCCCCCACCCUCACUGACUAUCAGGAGUGCGUUUUAAUGAUUGUCACGAUGUUUAGAAUGUACAUUUGUUCUGUCUUUUUUUAAGGUGUGCGGAGAAAUAACUUGAACUUUUAUUUUUUUGUUUGUUUUUGCUCCAGUGCGUCGGGCUACACCAAUUCAAACCAUAAUUAUUGUUGUUAUUAUCUAUUCAUUUUAUUUAUAUUUUGUAAAGUUAAGAAGAGUCCAAGUGUGAGCUUUGCGUCCCUCAAGUCCAUCCAACAUGAUUCUCCUCGGUCAGUUCCAACGUUGACCACUACAGUUGAUAUGUCGAACAUAUUAGACACUAUUAGACAUGUUGUAGUCCAUCCCACACCAAAUCCCCUUUUUCCAUGUCGUUUUUGUAGAAGAAGCAUCCACUAAUUCCUUUUUUGGGAUAAACACAAACAAAUAUCACCUUGAAAACAAAGCUUUGCUUUUCUCUCACACGUAAUAAGUCAUCAAAUAUGUAAAUACAUUUUUCUAUUCUAGCUCUGUGCUGUCACUUUACAUAUUGUAUAUCAGCAUAAUUGGUAACCAAAGUUGAAUGAAUACCAGUUGAGGCUACUACAGGCUUAUAUUGUAUUCAUGUCUAUGUCGUUUCAGCAUUCUGGUUCCGUUGGCGUGUAGCGCGUAGCAUCUGCCUCUCUGUCCCUGUGUGUCUUCUCUGCUGCCCAUCUAAUCACACAAAAAACCCACGGCUUUUGUACGGAAGAGGAUUGGGGCCACAUGUGUUUCUUCUUUUUUGAGUUCUGCUUUUAAAGUCAGAAGUCUGAGGUUAAUCUCAGAAUUCUGAGAUUAAAGUCAGAGUUAUGGGUAGGCUACCUGUAAGGAACCAAGAUUACUGAAGGUCACUCUACGACAUACAGGAUUGGAACCAAGCGCUGACCUACGGAGGAUACGGAAGAGGAUUAGGGCGCAAUGUGUAUUUUCUUGGAGUUCAGAGUUUAAAGUCAGAAUUCUGAUAUCAAAGUCGGAACUAAAAAAGAAAUCACAUGUGGCUCUAAUCCUCGCUAUAUCAUUCAGUGGCCAUUUCACGCUAUCUGUUCAAGCAGUAACAAAAAAUAUGUCAAAGUUUAUUUUAUCACUUUGUAAAGACAUGUAAAUUCUAUUUUAAUAACAAGCCAAAAAAAAAGAGAAGUGGCGGAACAUUUUGUCAAGUGUAAACCGUGACGUGUUUGCCUCUUUACUGUUCUUUGGCGAUCUAGCAGUGACGACUUUUGCAGUGUUAAGGGGUUUUUGAGACUGUUUUACAGGAGGUUUCUAUAAAUGUUUUGUUUGUCCUUACCCUGCAUACGUCUACCUGAUAUUUCUAUAUAUUGUAAGCAUUUAAACACAAGGUGGAAAAAAUUUAACACAUGCCUAGUAAAUAUCACACACUGGAACUACGAUGGAUACUUCUUAAAAACUGGCAAGCAAGUGUUACGCAGCUUUCGUUGGAUGGGCUACGACAGUUGUACAGUCAGAUUGUGUUUUUGUUUUUCCGGAAUAUCAUAGCGCCCCUGUCAUUGUCUUAGAUGUGUCGUCGAAGCACACUUCAAUAAUGUACUUGUAAUUUACCAGCCAUGUAAUGUACCACACAUCAGCAUAUGUUCACUUAAUUUGGUGUGUCCGACUGAAUUACGACAUACUGCACGGAUGAAUGGUGAAUGUUUGAACACUUUCUGGUCCAGAUAGCUUGCUGUGGAACUAACUGUGCAACCGCGUCUGUGCUCAAUUCGUCGAGGGUUCAUUGUUUCAAGGUGCAAGGUGAUAGCAAAAUGUUGGAUUUUAUAUAAGUGUACGUUUUAGUCAUUCAUUACUAUUCAGUGUCAAGAUGGUUUGCGUGUGCGGCUGUGCGUGUGCGUGUGUGUGCACACGUAACAAACUUGUCACUCUGACUGAAAUAUUUUCUUGUGAACUGAGAAUAAUAGACAUGUGUACCUGUGAAUGGUUUUCUACUUAGUUCCUUCAGUCAAUGUUCCUUGCCUUUCUGCAAGUCAAAAAUGCUGUAUUUAAUACAUGCCACAGCGCUUAUGCAAUUGUAUAAUUGUAUUGUUUUUUCUUUUGGUUGUCGUCUUUUUAACAUUUUGUGUUUGUUAAUGUCGAUGUAAAUUGUUGUCAAACUUUUGUGGCAAGGAAAAUCUUCUGCUGAGGGAGAUUUUUCUGUACUUUUUGGACAAUGAUAUGGAUUUGUGGGUAGAAUUUUGGAAAUUCGUUUCUAAGUGCUUUCAAGUAUUUACUUGGCCUUAUGUAUAUAUAUCUAUGACAUUUCAGAAAGGUAUGUAUAGUAAUUCAACCUGAAAUUGUUGUAAAUAAAUUAUAUAUUGUUAAAUCAA